CAGCUCCAGCUAAAGUGAGGAAUCUGACAGCUACAAUACUCAAUGAAGGUGCAAUUUCUAUAAAUUGGAUCCCACCCAAUGUCAUGAACGGCCAUCUGAGGCAUUAUACCAUAAGAUGUUUCCAACAAUCAACAGGGCAUUUACAGUAUCAAAGAAAUCAAACGGGGAAUUCUUAUGAUGUGCAGGAUUUACCAGUGGGCAACUACACCAUAAGUGUCGCUGCUGUGACUGUAGAAGAAGGCGACUCAGAAGAAGUUAAAGGCAUAUAUAUUCAAGAAAGAUCUAAUGUUGGUGCCAUUAUCGGGGGUGUAAUUGGUGGCGUCGUUUUGCUGAUUAUUAUAUGCAUUGUCAUAGUGAUAAUACUGAGAAGGAAAAACAGGUUAGGCACUCGUAAGCAGGCAUUUGGUAAACAUUCCUCUUCAGAGACUGCGGUCGGAUC